GAACAGGAACAGUGUGUGACUUUAGAAGCCUAUUUUUCUUUAGUGGUGGGGGAAGAAAGGCAGCAGCUCUUGCUGCUUUUCAGAAACUUCCACCAAGAUGUCAUUUCCAAAUAGCUCUUCCAGGACCCGAAAACACAAAUUGAUAUUGUCUGGGGUUGUGGUUCCUUUAGUUAUACUACUUGUUAUUGUGUUGCUUGUUGUGUUGAUACCAGGAAGGAAAAAGAGUCCCACUUCAGAGGGUCUGGAGUGGAAAGGCAAAGGGACCGAUGAAUACUUCCAUGAAAUCAUCCUGGGGAGAUGUUACAACUAUAUUGCUACAAUAAACUCUGAGCUCAGAGAUACAGAUUGCCUUAAAAUUUGGAAACUACUGCAGAAUGCAUUUAUGUACAAGGACCCAUGCAGUGUGACAGAGGAAGAUUAUAAACCUCUGAUGGAGUUUGCAAGACAUCCCAUCCCAUGUAACAAGUCACUGUUCUGGAGCAAGACAAAUGACCUUGUACAUCGGUACACAAAAGCUAACCGUGAUUUCCUCACAUUGGAAGACACUUUGCUAGGCUACAUAGCAGAUGGGAUUUCAUGGUGUGGAAAACCCUCCAGUCCAGGAGUCAACUACAAAUCUUGCCCAAAGUGGACUGAGUGUGAGAAUAACCCCAGUACAAUAUACUGGAAAAUGGCUUCAAAGAUGUUUGCAGAAGCAGCUUGUGGUACUGUUCAGGUGAUGCUCAAUGGGUCAACAGAAGCUGAUGCAUUCAGAAGUAACAGCAUCUUUGGCAGCAUUGAAAUUUUUAACUUAAAUCCGGAUAAAGUCUCCAAGGUGCACAUUUGGCUGAUGCAUGACAUCGAUAGACCUCAAAGUGAAUCUUGCACAGGCCAUUCUGUAGCAAAGCUGAAAGAAAUCCUGGAAAGCCGACGAAUAAGUGUCUCAUGUGAAGAUAAUUACAGGCCAGUUCAGUUGCUUCAGUGUACCAACAAUCCCAACCAUAACACCUGCAGAAUCUGUUCCUGACAAGAUGGCUCGCUGUUUCAUUUGAUUCUUCGUUUAUUUUUAAAACCUUGCUUUGCAUUCUAUCAUUUUACUUUUCCCCCUUUCCUUUAAUGUGACUUCAAAACUUUGGAGUGCAAACCCAUAAAUAUGUUACUAUAAUGUUUUGCUUGGUCCUUUAACUCAUAGCAUUAAUGUGUUAACUAGAGAUGAGCUAAACCCAGAUGGGGACUAGACUUUUUAUUAAACCUUCAUUUUGUGACUAAACAGA